GACAAGGCCGACGAGAUGGCAACCGAGGCGCGCCAGCCCAAGAAGCAGGUUCCUUGGGUGCCGACGUCGGCCUACUUGUCCAACGCGGAGUACUACGUGAAGAUGUGGAGGUGCAGGUGCGGCGCGGAGAACUUCGGGUUCCGCAAGACGUGCUACUGGUGCAGCGGGGCACCGCCUCCGGAGACGGCCGAGAUGCAACGCAAGCAGAAGGAGGAUAUGCUCAGCUUCCCCAGGCCCCCGGACGUGGGCGGGGACGCGCCGAAGGUGUUCGACCUGGUGUCGGACUCUGUCGCCUCGCACGGUGUCGAGCCUCACAAAGACGAGGGGACGAUCUUCGAAGAGUCCCGUGCGGGCAACUACGAGGAGGACUUCGUCAGUGUGGGUGGUCUGGGCUCUCAAGCCGCGGGUUGCCGCGCACCUCAGCGCGUCGGCGCUUCGCUCAUCAGCAACCCCGUUGGGGCAUCUCUUGAUUCUCAGACGGAGGAUGGUAGGGGGACCAAUGCGUCCCUACCGCAGCCCAUCGGGGCCAGUCGUGAUUUUUCCGAGUCUGAUGGCAAGCACAAGGAUGAUGACCUUGAGGGGGUUCGUAGUCAAGCCUGCCUGGACACCCUCAGCGACAAGGUCGGGCUCAUAGGAGCGCAGGCCUUCGAC